AUGACUAGUUUAGACAACGUCAUAGACAGGCAACGUGGUUAUUUAAGACAACUGACCGAACUGCAUAUGCGAUUCUUGUCGAAAGUCGAAAAGACUAGGGGUUAUCUAACUAGUCUUCUUCAGGAAGUAGAUGAUCUAAAUCGACAUUUUAAGGAAAAACAUGAGGAGAUUUUAGAUAUUAUUCGCGAAACUUCCAUGAAUACUCGUGAUGUUCCGUAUAUCCAAGACGAUACUUAUUAUACGUUCUCUGACUUGUUUUUGCUUUUUAAAGGAGCAAUUCUUGAUAUUCUUCCUGAACAGACAGACCAUUCGCCUGCUUAUACUAGCACAUUUGCACUUCCUUCUAAUCAUGCGGACACAUCUGCUAGCGUAGAUGCAAAAUUACCUAAGAUAUCUUUACCAAAAUUCUCCGGCGAUUACAUGGAAUGGGUUCCAUUUCAAGAUAUCUAUAUGAAUCUUGUACAUAAUAAUAAUUAUCUUUCUAAAGUUCAAAAGUUUUAUUACUUAAAAGGCACUCUUUCGGGAGAAGCUGCUAGCUUAAUUAAGCCCAUAUCUGCUACGGAAGCCAAUUAUGAUCUUGCAUGGUCCACCUUGACAUCGAGAUAUCAUAAUGAACGUGUCAUCGUAGAUGCCUUGGUUAGGAAAUUUUUGAACAUACCAAAAUCAGAUGGAACUUUUCAAUCUGUAAAAACACUUCUUGAUACUACUCAGGAGUGUAUUAGUUCACUAAAAAAUUUAGGCUUUGAUACUUCUACAUGGGAUCCACUUUUGAUUACCAUAAUUGGACAGAAGCUGGAUUUAUUAACGCGUAGGGAUUGGGAACAUUCUUUAAAAUCAUCUACAGCGGUACCCAGCAUUGGGGAAAUGUUCAGUUUUCUUGAGAGAACCUUUAGAACUCUCGAAUCUUUACAUGAAGACAUACCUUCUUCAAAUAAAACUAAUAGUUUCCCAAAGGGAAAUCAUUCAAAGUCUAAAAAGACAGUUUUUCAUACAAAUCAAGUUACACAAAAACAUCAUGUUUUGUGUUCACUUUGUAAAAAGACUCAUGCUUUAUCGAAAUGUUACAAAUUUAUUGCAUUUCCAGCAAAAUCAAAGGAGGAAUUUGUUUCUAAUAAUAAUAUUUGUCGUAAUUGCCUUACAGUGGGUCACCAUCACAGUAACUGUACCUCUACAUAUCGGUGUAAUAUGUGUAAACAGCCUCAUCAUACCAUUUUACAUCAGGAUAACUCAGACAGUUCUAUGACUCCAUACUCGGAUGGUAUUCCCAAGAAUGUGGACAAUACUACUUAUUCGAAUGUUCAAGUUUCUUCCAACAAUGUUUAUUUGUUUGGAAACGUGGUUCUUUCCACUAUUCGCUUAAUUGUGAAUUCUGAAAAUGGUAAAUUUCCAUUCAGGGCACUUUUAGAUCCUGGUUCACAGGGUACAUUAGUGACUGAAAGGGCAGUACAGCUUUUACGUCUUAAGAGACACAGAUCAGAUUGUGUCGUACAGGGUGUAGGUGAAACUAGAAUUGAUAGUUCUAAGUCAUGGGUUCUUCUUGAUAUUUGGUCGACAGUAUGUAAACCGAUAAUUUCUUGCCCGGCUCUUGUUUUACGUAAAUUAACAAGUUAUACGCCUAGUACUUCCCUUGGAAAAGUUUCGAUACCUGAUAGUAUUGUAGAAUCAUUAGCUGAUCCCAAGUUUGAUCAAUCUGAUGAAAUUGAUAUCAUUCUGGGCUCAGAUAUUUUAAGCUCGAUAGUAAUACCUGGUAAAUCAUUCAACUUUAAAAACCUGUUUUUCCAAGAUACUUUGUUUGGUUGGGUAUUCACGGGUCCUACUAGUGACCGAUCAUUUUGUAGUAUAAACGUGAAUAUGGUUAACUUAGAUGAUACUUUGAGACUUUUUUGGGAGCAAGAGGAAGUUGAGGUGAAAAGAGAAUUAACAAAUGAUGAGAUACUAUGUGAGCAAUAUUUUUGUAAAACAACGAAACGUAGUGAAAGCGGACGAUUUAUCGUCAAUUUACCCUUCAAAUCUGUUGUUAAUGGUUCAACAUAUAUUGAUUUGAAUAACAACCACACCAAUGCUUAUAAUCGAUUGUUACAUUUAGAACGUCGUUUUGCUAGUCAGCCACAAUUUUGCGAGAGAUAUAUGGCGUUUAUGCGAGAGUACGAGUCGUUGUGCCAUAUGAGUAGGGUAGGCAGUUAUCCAGAUAAUGUUCCUGAAAAUGGUUUCAUGUUACCACAUCAUGGUGUAUUAAAAGAAGAGAGCACAACAACCAAAUUGCGAGUGGUUUUCGAUGGCAGCAGCCAUUUAGCCGGUUGUAGCUCCCUUAAUGACCAACUUUGUUCCGGACCCGCUUUGCAAAACGAUUUGCCGCAGAUUAUUAACAGAUGGAGACGUCAUAGGAUAGGAUUUUGUGCGGACAUAGAGAAAAUGUUCCGACAAAUUGAGGUAUGUCAAGAACAUAGACGGUUUCAACAGAUUUUAUGGCGUUUUAACCCUAAUGAAGAAAUCUCAGUUUACGAGUUGAAUACUGUUACCUACGGAACUACACCAGCUCCCUACUUAUCAAUAAGGGUUCUUCGAAAACUAUCUGAAGACUACUGCUCUUCGUUUCCUAUUGAGUCUAAAAUUCUAGCUUGCGACUCCUACGUCGAUGAUAUAAUAUCUGGUUCUGAUACAUUGGAAGAAGCAAUUUCUAUACAGAAAAAUUUAUGCACUUUACUUGAGAAUGGAGGUUUUAAACUUAGAAAAUGGGUUUCUAAUUGUCCAGAUAUUUUAGUUCAAAUACCUGAGGAAUACAAGGAAAAGUCAACUUCCUUAAAUUUUGACCAUGAUAAUGUGGUUAAAACGUUAGGAAUUCAAUGGAUACCGAUAACUGAUACCUUCACAUUUAGAGUAAAUUCACCACUAACAAAUAAAGUUACAAAGCGUAUUAUUCUCUCCGAGUCCGCAAGACUUUUCGACCCAUUAGGUUGGCUUGCACCAACAACUAUAUUGACCAAAAUCCUGUUUCAGAAGUUAUGGUUGGAAGGAUUGGAUUGGGAUUCUGAGGCAAAAACUAAGGUAUCGCCGGUGAAGACUGUAACAAUUCCAAGGCUUGAACUUUGCGCAGCUGUACUUUUGGUUAAAUUGGCUCAGAAGGUUAUUAAAUCCCUAUCAGAUAUUAAUAUUAAAAAUAUCGUUUAUUGGAGUGAUAGUUCCACAGUACUAAGUUGGAUAAAAAAGCAUCCCUCACGAUGGAGUGUAUAUGUUUCCAACCGAGUUGCAGAAAUACAACGCUAUACAAACACUAAUCAGUGGAGAUAUGUACCUUCAGCGUCUAACCCAGCUGAUCCCGCUUCCAGAGGAAUAUUACCGGAAGAUCUAGUGAAAAAUAUGAUGUGGUGGCAUGGACCAGAGUUUUUAAAGGAUUCCUCCUCUUGGCCAAAGAAUAUUUGUAAUGUUGAAACUUCUUUAGAAGAACGCGCUUCAAAGGAGUUGCAAGUUCUAUACAAUAGAAGCCAAGCGUCGUUGCCAGAAGAACUUCGAGAGGAUUUGUCUCACUCUGGUACAAACUGGCAUUUCAUACCGCCAGCCUCACCUCAUUUUGGAGGAUUGUGGGGGGCUGGCGUAAAAUCAGCCAAAUAUCAUCUUAAACGCAUUAUGACUGAUCGAGUGUUCAGCUACGAAGAGCUUACAACUUUGUUAUGUCAGAUCGAAGGUUGUCUUAACUCGCGACCCCUUUGCCCUCUAUCUACGGAUCCGACUGAUAAUGAUGCCUUGACGCCCGCACAUUUUCUGAUUGGAGAGCCUACCGUUUGUCUACAAGAAGAAGAUCUACUUGAUGUUAAUGAUCAACAUUUACCACGUUGGAAGGCUAUAGAGAAGAUGAAGCAAUCAUUUUGGAAGAGGUGGUAUUCCGAAUAUUUAACCCGUUUACAGUCAAGACCAAAAUGGUUAGACAAUCUACGUACUAUACAAAAGGGAGAUUUAGUUCUUAUAAAAGAUGAAAGGUGUGCACCAGGGCAAUGGUCUCUUGGAAGAAUUCAUGAAAUCCAUCCUGGUACGGAUGGACGCGUAAUAUCUUUUCGCCUAAAAACGUGA